UUGCUUUGCCCUGUAAAUUACUGUUGUAACAUUAGAUAAUUAGAUUAAGACAAGUCAAAAUAAGGGUUUUCAUUAUAAUUUAAUCCUUUAUUUUUCUUCACUUUAAUUAACCAUAAUCAUCUCUUAAAUCAUUCCUAUUUUAAUUUAUUUGUGUAACUAGUCUAUUUUGUUUACAUUAUUCGCUGUGAAGUGAUAUUCCAUAAGCAAAGAAAAGCGAAGACAGGAAGAAAAUAAUUUUACUUUUGGUACAAUGAGUGACUAUCUGCGGUCCGCAUUCAGUAAUUUUAGUUCAAAUUGGGGUAACGCUGGAAACGAUGAUGGAUCCCACAGAAAUGAUAUUGGCAACGAAUUUGUUGGUCAAACAAUCAAUCUCAAAGGACAUAGAUUAAAAGUUGAACGUGUUGUUGCUGAAGGUGGAUUUGGUUUUGUGUUCAGCGUCCGAGAUCUUCAGAAUCAAGAGCGUUAUGCUCUGAAAAGAUUGAUAGCUUCCGGUAAAGAGGCCCAGAAAGAAAUUGAAAAUGAAAUAGAAGUGUUAACCAGACUUCAACCUCAUCCUCAUAUCAUGAAAUUCAUCUCAUGGGGUCUAAUCAAUCCCAAUAUUUAUCUCAUAUUAAGCGAAUACUGUGGACGCGGAUGUCUCAAAGAUAUAACACUCCCAUUAGAUAAUACUCCUCAACUGAAUAAGAUACUUUACCAGACAGCACUGGCUUUGGAGCAAAUGCAUCAGUUGAAUAUUACCCAUCGAGAUCUUAAAAUUGAAAAUAUUCUGUUCGACAAUUCUGGUUUUGUAAAAUUGUGUGAUUUUGGCUCAGCAACAACCAAUUGCUACCAGCCAGAUCAUGAUUGGACACCAAUCCAACGAUCUCUCCUUGAAGAUGAGAUGACCAGGCAUACAACACCCAUGUAUCGACCACCAGAAACUCUUGACACUUAUCUUAAUUAUCCGAUUAACACUGCGAUGGAUAUAUGGGCUUAUGGCUGUUUAACUUAUUGUAUGAAAUUUGGUCGCCAUCCUUUUGAAGAUUCUGCAAAACUCCGAAUUAUCAACUGUAAAUACACGAUUCCUCCAAACGUACCAGAUUCUGAAAUUCAUCUUCAAAUUAUUAGAUCAUGUUUGAAAGUUGAUCCUCGAGAAAGAAUCGCCAUCGAUGAUAUAAUUAAUCUGUUGGAUAAAAAUUUUGUUGACUUAGACUCGCCUUGCGUCCUCUCCAAUCAAUCUACUCCCAUCAAUCCAAAUCAACCUUCACCAUUACACCAACCAUCGUUGCAACCACAACAACCUCCACCACCUCCUGGCUCAGCACAACCCACUUUUGGCUUAUCAGGGUUCACUCGUUACCUGAAAGACACCUCAUCCAAGGUCAUGCAAACUGUUCAGCAAUCCAUCGCAAAUGGACAAAUUAAUAGAAGAGAAAAUAACUCGGUUGGUGAACAACAGUUUAACAGAAGAGAAGCAAAUGCUACUAGUUCUGAUCAGUACCCCAAGAGAAACUCAAAUCCUAUGAAUGAUGGACAAUUAAAUAAAAGAGAACCUCAUUCGAUUGGUAAUGGACAAAACAAUAAAAGAGAUUCAAAUCCAGUAAAUGAUAGACUAUUUAGUAAACCAAGACAGAAAGAGGAUAAUUCUAACGAUAAUGGAAAUUAUAAUAAAAGAGAAUCAAAGCUUGUUGAUGAUGGACAGCCAAGUGAAAAAGAAGCUAAUCUUGUUAAUGGUGUACAGUGUAAUAGAAAAGAAACUAAUACCGUUGGUGAUCUAUUAAAUCUCAGUCUUGACGAAGGAGACCGAGUGCCAAGUAAUGGCACCAAUGCUACUGCUAAUAACAUUCAUUCUACUGGCUAUAACCAGCAGUCAAAUGAUCCCAUUUUUAGUGGUGGAUUUGAUGGUGCAACAAUAUCUAACUCUAAACUUGAUGGUGAUCCUUCAUCUUCUGGUGCAUUUGAUCUCUUGAUUGAUCCCUCAUCAUCAUCGUCUGGUAGUAAUGAAAAUCAAGGGGCUGGUACAGCCAAUUCCGCCUUCGAUCUUCUCAAUGAUAUAUUUAAUUCAACUGAUAAAGUACCAACGUCACAAGUUAAAUCAACUUCACCCACCCAUCUUCCUAAACCUGAUCUACUUUUCCCAAGUUCAACUGCUGCUACCACCUCCUCUUCCUCCUCUACUACCAAUAACUCUGUUAACAAUCCAAACUUGAAUGUCUAUCCAGGACUCCACAGGAACACUUCAACACCUAAUUUAACUCAGCUUGACCCACUCAGUGAGCUUGGAUCAUUUGUCAGCAACCCUUCGGCAACAUCUCAAAACCAAAAAAUAAACCAACCAACUACACAAAGCAUUCCUCGAGUUUCAUCUUUCUCAACAUUCCAACCUUUUCUCAGUUCAACGAAUUCCGCUUCUUCCUCAGCAACUAACAAUGGAGGCUCUGCGAAUCUUCCAAAAGCAGAUUACAAUCGAGCAUAUUUUUCUGAAUCGAGUCAUGGCAAUAAUUCAUCUGUUGGGCCCAGAGUAACUGGAUUUGAAUUUGAAGAUCUGCUUUCAGAUUUUCCCAAACAAUCUAAAAAUGAACCUCAAGUCAAAUCUCUUGCUGCUAUGAAAAAGCAAGAAAUGAUACGAGAAGGUAUCAGUCCGAUUGAAAUAAAAGUAAAUGAAUGGAAAGAGAACAAGAAAAAGAACAUUCGAGCUCUUUUAUCCUCCCUUCACACAAUUGUUUGGGAUGACUGUAACUGGCAACAAACUGGAUUACAGCAAUUAAUGACUUACAACGAUGUUAAAAAAAUGUACAGGAAGGCUUGCUUAGCAGUUCAUCCUGAUAAACUUGUUGGAAGUGAUUAUGAAGAACUGGCUAAAUUGAUUUUCGUUGAGCUCAACAAUGCAUGGACCGAGUUUGAAAAGCAAGAACUUUUAAAACCAUUGUAAUAACAAUUAUUAAGUAUAUUUAAACAAAUGAUUAUCACCAAUCUCACCAUCUGUUCAACACAUCAAAAUAACUCAACAUCUCAACUAAACUGUUUUAUUUUAUUAGCUUGUUUGUUCGAGCUGCGUUCUCAAGCAAGUACAACUGACAACAGUAAUAGUUACAAAUAAGUUUUUUGUUUCUUGUGUGUAUAGCUUGUGUCCAUUAAAACAAAAGAGUAAAAUAUUAAUUAAAACAAAAAUUAAAUAUAAUAUAAUUGAACAAAGUAAAUAAAAAGCUUUGGGUUUUAUCCCAUUUUGGCCAUCUUUUAAACUUU